CUAGUGGACGGGGCUUCUUCAACAACAACACGGCUACUGAUUCAACCACUUCGCUGCUUGCAAGCAAACACAAAACCUAAACAUUGAAGCUCUUUGGACCAUUUGUGUUUAUAUGAAUCUCAGUGUUUUAAACAAAAGUAUGUUUACAUAUACACUCCUUAACUUACAUGCAAUUUGCUUGUUUACUUAAAUAAGCAUAUUUGUUAAAUUCGUACUGAGUUUAGCACUAGGCUAGUUGCUAAAGCUAGCUAGCUAGCUAGCUAAUAUGAGUUCACUAAGCUACUGCCCUCUUGCUAAAGAAGAGGAUGUCUACCGGACGGAGAAAGAAGCUCUGGGGCUGAACAUUAUUGUAAAAGAUGAAGAGGAGAUUACAGUGAAAGGAGAGGAAGAAGCUUUCAGAAUAAAACAGGAGGAAGAGGAGGCUGUUACAGUGAAAGAAGAGGAAGAACCUUUUGGAGUGAAAGAGGAAGAGGGGAUAGAGGCUGUCACAGUGGAAGAGGAAGAGGAGGAUGUAGAAGCUUUCAGAAUGAAAAAGGAGGAAGAGGCCAUAACAUUGAAAGAAGAAGGGAAUUUAGUGAAAAAAGAGGAAGAACCUUUUGGAGUAAAAGAGGAAGAGGAGGCUAUCUCAAUAACAGAGGAGGAGGCUAUCUCAAUAAAAGAGGAGGGGGAAGAUGUUUUGGGAGUGACAGAGGAGGAUGGAGAUGGAGAGGAGGAAGAGACUGAAGAUCCUGUUAACACCACAGGGGAGAGACCAGACACAGACUCUCACUGUGACAGCUUGAAGAGUGCUUCAGGGGAACCAGACCCAGAGAUGUCCAAACCAGAAAGACGACGACACUGCUCUCAGUGUGGAAAGAGUUUUAGCUUGUUUGGGAACCUGAAACGACAUGAGAGGACACACACAAAGGAGAGACCCUACCAAUGCAUUCAGUGUGGAAAGAAUUUUAAUUCAUCAGAAUAUAUGAAAAAACAUGAAAAAAUACACUCUAAGCCUUACCACUGCUCCCAGUGUGAAAGAAGUUUUACCCAACGGGGGGACCUGAAAUCACAUGAGAGGACACACACAGGAGAGAAGCCUUACCACUGCUCACAGUGUGAAAGGAAUUUUUUCUCAUCGGGGUCCUUGAAAAGACAUGAAGGGACACACUCUGUGGAAAAACCUUUCCACUGUUCUCAUUGUGAAAAGAGUUUUAAGAAUUUAUGGAACCUGAAAGAACAUGAGCAAAGACACACAAUGGAGAAGCCUUUCCAAUGCUCCCACUGUGGAAUUAAAUUUACAUGGUUUCAACAACUUAAAGAGCAUGAAAGAAUCCACAUUGUAGAGAAAAGUUAUCCGUGCCUCCGGUGUGGAAAGAUAUUUAUGCAGUUAGGGCACCUGCAAGUCCAUGAGGUAACACACACAGGGGAGAAGCCAUACCAAUGCUCCGAGUGUGGAAAGAGAUAUAGCACCUCACAUGGACUUAAAAAUCAUCAGAAAACACACAUUGUGCUCCCACAAUUGUCUCAUAUUUUUGACUGAGAAUGUGUUUUUGUUUUUGCUAUACAUGAAAUCUAAUUAUAGAAAUUGGACUCAAAAAUAAAUUUGUAUGAUUUA